CUGCGACGGCCAACCGCCAAACUAGUCCUUCGUACUAACUAACGCUCCAACGAGCUAACGAUUAUUCAUUCUUCUUUCACUACUACUCUGCGCCCAACCGCUAGACCAUUCGAUCUCUUGAAAAUCAACGAAUCGCAGCCCCCCUUCCCCCUCGUUCUAGCCACUCCGUCCUGAAGAUCCUGCCUUUUCCAUUAAAGUCUACCACCCCAGGGCUCCAUCCAUCAUCCACCAUCAACACCCUACCCUGUAGCCAGCCUCCAGACACACAGGCAGCGAGCGCUCCCUCAGUCCGUGCUUCAAUCGUCCAAAUCCCCGCGCCCGCCCUGGAUGUUUUCGACCGCGCUCACCAUUCAUCAUGUUGACGGUUGAAAAGCAGUGGAUUAAUGUACAACAGAAGACCUUCACCAAAUGGCUCAAUGAUAAGCUGAAGGUGCGGAAGAUCUUCAUCGACGAUCUGGUGGUCGACCUUUCUGACGGUGUCAUCCUUAUCCAUCUGCUUGAAAUCCUCGGUGGAGAGUCACUCGGUCGAUAUGCCUCGAAGCCGAAGUUGCGUGUGCAGAAGUUCGAAAAUGUCAACAAGAGUCUUGAUUUCAUCAAGGGAAGGAGGAUCCCGAUGACGAACAUUGGAGCGGAGGAUGUGGUCGAUGGUAAUCGGAAGAUCAUUCUGGGCUUGAUAUGGACACUCAUUCUACGAUUCACGAUCAGCGACAUCAACGCGGAGGGAAUGACCGCUAAGGCGGGUCUUCUCUUGUGGUGUCAACGGAAGACCGCUUGCUACGAGGGGGUAGAGGUUCGGGACUUCUCCACUAGCUGGAACGAUGGUCUGGCCUUCUGCGCUCUCUUGGAUAUUCAUCGACCGGAUUUGAUUGACUUCGAUGCCCUGGAUAAGAAAGACCACCGGGGGAACAUGAAACUUGCCUUUGAUAUCGCAGCUAACGAAAUAGGCAUUCCCGACCUGCUCGAUGUCGACGAUGUCUGCGACGUGGCGAAGCCUGAUGAGAAGUCACUCAUGACAUACAUCGCUUAUUGGUUCCAUGCUUUCUCCCAGCUGGAGCGCGUUGAGAAUGCCGGGCGUCGGGUGGAGAAGUUCAUCAACAAUAUGCAUGGUGCAUGGGAAAUGCAGAAUUCCUACGAGCGGAGGAUGAAGGAACUGUUGCGCGUGAUCAGAGCACAGCGUGAGGAGUGGAAGACGUCCUCAUUUGAAGGCACAUACAAGGAUGCAAAGGAGCAAGCCCGUCAAUUCUCCUUGUACAAAAGAAACCAAAAACGACAAUGGGUUGCAGAGAAAUCGGAUCUCGCAGCCCUGCUCGGAAACAUCAAGACAAAACUCAGCACAUACCGACUUCGUCCUUACGAGCCCCCGACAGAGCUCAGUCUCGAGGUUUGCGAUGAGGAAUGGGAGGGCUUGACGCGUGACGAGCACGAACGUAGUCAGCUUAUUAACGAGACUAUUCGGGAUAUCAAGAACGCUCUCCGUCGCUCCUUUGCAGACAAAGCAAAUGAUUUCGCACUAACGCUGAAGACGCUGUCUCUUGCAAUAUCUGGUCUCGAUGGUGAUGUAGAAGACCAAUUAGCUCAUGUCAAGAGACUCAAUGACAACCUUCCUCCCCUCGAUGCGUUCUUAGAUACCAUUGCGGCGCUGGACGAGCAAUGUGCGGAGGCGAAUAUUGAAGAGAAUGACUACACCACAUAUACCUUAGAUGAACUCUCCUACGAGCUUAGCCUGGUCAAGUCCAGCAUCUCCAAAAAGCUCGCUUUCCUCGACAAUCAGCUUGUGGCUCGGAACAUGACCAAUCUGACCCCAAUCCAGCUGGAGGAGUUCGAGUCUGUUUUCAGACAUUUCGAUCGCGACUCUUCCAAUACCCUCCAUGAGCUGGAAUUCUCAGCUGCUCUGGCCAGUCUUGGCCUCGUAUAUGAUGAAGAGGAGAUGCAUGACGUCUACGUUGAGACAUGUGGUCCAGCUCGGCUAGCGCAAAAUGCCGGUGUUAGCUUUGAGCAAUUCAUCCGAUUCAUGGUCAGCGUGACUGAGGACCAGAAUACUGCCGAGCAGGUAUACCAGAGUUUCCGGGAGGUUGCGGAUGGCAAGCCAUAUGUCACGGAGCUCGACCUUCGGCACUCUCUCAUCCCCGACGAGGUAAUCGAACAUCUCGUCAAAACGAUGCCGCCACACAAUGGACCAGACCUUCAAGAGGACAGGGAUCUGCCCAAGUAUGACUACAUCAGCUUCAUGGAGAAGAUGAUAGAGCAUAAUAACAACCAGAGCAACGCUCCUGUCAACGGAGGAACACGCCCUUCUCGUGCCCCUCGACGUCUGCGUGGCGACCGUUACUCCCCCUCUCCCGAGCACAAUGCGCCUACUGGAGCCAAGCUUCGCGUCGAGAAUAUCCAUUACGAUAUUACAGAAAGUGAUCUCGAGGAUCUGUUUACCCGCAUUGGACCCAUUAACAACGUUUCUCUCGUUUACGACCGGGCAGGCCGCUCUGAAGGGCUUGCCUUCGUGACUUAUAACCGUAUCAGCGAUGCUAGAAGUGCCAUCAACGAAUUCGACGGCGCGAACGCCAAAGGCCAACCCAUCCGCUUGACACUUAUCUCUACCGGAGGUGGAAAACGCGAUCGUAACCCAUUUGAUAAUGUGGAACGCUCGAAGGGAAGUCUAUUUGAUCGCGUCGAGAGACCUCGUGACCGAAACGCUCGGAGUCUGAGUCCCGGCAGCAGAAGCGGCAGUCCUGAUGGAGGCGCACGCCGCCGUAGGGGUCGUCGUGGUGGCGGUGGCGGCGGCGCCGCCAGUUACCGACGCAGCGAUGUCUCCAAGCCAGCCCCCGAGCACAUCGACAGAUACGUGCCUGGACACCGAUCGCCAACUCGCCGACCCGCUAACGGACGCCGCCAGGGUGAGAACAAGGGCGAAGGCCGCCGCAUGGUCAACGGACGACCCAGGAAGACCCAAGAAGAGCUCGACCAAGAGAUGGAUGACUAUUGGGGCGGAGCUGCGAAUGCUGGUGCCGGCGCGGCCGAUAAGGAGGCCGUCCCUGAGGAGCCUCAACAGAUUGCGCCCGCGUCCGCGGCUGCUGCUGGCGAUGACGAUAUCGAUAUGAUUGAAUAGGUCGUACGCUUAAAUUGACCUCAGCACGUAAUGCAUGCAAUGGCAUCUUUUACCUUUGUAACUAGUAUUGGCCUGGAUUGGAAAAAAUCACCUUGAAUCAGACUGAGAAGGCAUAGCGACGGCGGGUCUCGUGCUGCUGGUUCAAACAGAUAUGGCAUUCCCCUCUUAUAGUCGUACAGGAUGGCUAUUAGCCAGUGAUUAAUAUUACAAGCUCUACCUG